AUGCAGACCACGGAGACCAGCCCGUCGAAGCGCGCGCGCCUGCAGCGUAGCGUCUCUGCUGCGACCAAACGCGUCCUCGUCCACCCCAAGGUUCCGGCGCUCAUCCGCCGUGUUUCCUCUCACACCCACCUCCGCGUCCACCUCCACCUCCCCUUUCGCCAUAGCGAGCAUGAGGCCGACCAUGGCAGUUACGACGACCUUAAGCCGCUCCCGGCUCUCCCCAGCCGCGACGACCCGACAUUGGUGCUCACCGCCGACGACCACGCGGCGCUGAACCACGACCUCCUGGACGCGAGCUCGACCCGCUCGAUCGCGCCGACGUCCAUCCGGAGCUCGCUCAGCGACGACUCGUCUGCACCCGUAGCAGCAGACGCGCGCGCGUUCGAUCACUGGUCAUGGCCCGACGACGACGAAGACGAGGGCGAGGUUGGGAUGCCGCCGCUGCCGCCGAUCGAGGAGACCGAGACGCCCCUGCACGAGCUCGACGAUCCCGCCGAUGUGUCCAACCCAGAUGCUACCACUUCGUCGGCACGCGCGGCCCCAGAGGACAUACUGCCCGAGCUCAGCGACGGCUCGUCGAGCGACGGAGCACCAAGUAUCUUCGAGGCGGACGACUUUCUGCCGCUCACCCCGCCCGCGGACACCGACACACCAGGCUCUCCGACGUGUAACCCGGAGGACGUGUUCUUCGAUCAGGAGAAACCGGCGUCCCAUCUCCGGAGCGCCGACGAGACGGGUUUCGAUGCACCAUUCGUCGGGGACAUCGCCUCGUCCGAUCUUGUCCAGAACAGCCUCCCAUCUAUACCGCGCAACAACGAAGAGAAUGAGGAGAGACCAGAAGCGGAAAAAGAACAAUCGCGGCCGUCGUCACCACGUCCGGUGUCGGAGCAUACCGAGCGCCUUGUCGACCCGCCGCUUCCUCCCUUACCACCUUCGCCUGAACUACCUUCUUCAUCCCCGCAUAUCACAUCAGACGGCGCCGACCUGUCCCCCCCUCCACUAGCUCAACCUGAAGAGCCUGUCGCCUCAGACGAGGCAGACGACGACGACGACGACGACAUCUUGCUCGGCCCUUCGCAUCAUACGGCGCUCGCCGCGUCAAAGAUGGCGUUCUUCCCCGAUGCCCCCUUCCGACCACUCACAUGGUGGCUCCGCACCCCCACCACCGGCCCCGUCACAUUGACAUCCUUCCUAUCCUUUCUGUUCCGCACGACAUAUCAUUGA